CAUGAAGUUCUCUCCUCGUAAGCUUCUGUUCUUCUUGCUCUUCUAUGCUGUGAUUUUCGGCUAUGGAAAUGGAGUUUAUCGCUCUAUUUUAUCUGAGUGGGAGAUUUGGUCGAGAGGUUUAGUGGUUGGAGUUGUACAUGAGGUGUGAGCAGCUCAAGGCGUAAGUCAAGGAAGGCACACUUUAGUGCCCCUUCUUGUGAGAGACGGAUUCUUAUGAGCGCUUCCCUGUCUUCAGACCUGAAGAACAAAUACAAUGUUCGCUCUGUACCAGUAAGGAAGGAUGACGAAGUCAUGGUGGUCCGUGGCACAUUCAAAGGCCGAGAAGGGAAGGUUGCUCAAGUAUAUAGACGGAAUUGGGUGAACCACGUUGAGUGUAUCACUCGCGAGAACGUGAACCGAGCCACCGUUAAUGUUGGAAUCGAUGCUUUGAAGGUAGUGACAACGAAGUUGAAGUUAGACAACGACAGGAAGGCUCUCCUUGACCGUAAGGGCAAGGGUCGAUCUGCAGAGAAGGGAAAAGGGAAGUUCGUAAAUGAGGAUAUGGCUCCUCCCCUGCAGGAAGUGGAUUAAAGAAGUCUUUAUUUUCGUCAGUGAUACUUCUCAGAUGUAUGAUUGUGGGAUUGAUGUUGUGUGCAGUGGACAAGUUCUAAUUGAAGGCUCUGUUGUGUAUGGUUAUUCAUGUCAUCCUUCUAGUCUGAGUUAUAACCCUGCCCCUGGUUGUUCAUAUCAGUCUACGAGGGAAAUUGAUCUGAUUUUCGUUUCACGUGUGAGUCAAUUGUCAAUGUCUGCUAGGACUGAAAUUGUUCUUUCCACACAAUUUUAAUAGCCAAGUGAUGUGACCUAACUGGUCAACCAUGAUGCGGACAGGUUUGGCUUUGCCCAUAUCUGACAGACCGAGUCUGAUGGCUAUUCCGGAGCGAGUCUAUGGAAGAUGUACUUUGAGCUCAAUGUGCUACGUAAGUGUUUCAUUCGUGAGUCUGCAUUGUGCUUUGUAUAUUUUUUUAACGAGUCGUCACGUUUUUGUACUGCAAUCGUUCGCACUAACAAACUGAUUACAAGCUGGUCUCCAUUGCCAGUUUAGUAUGAUAUUGUGCUCAUAGACACUUCCUCCAUUGGUACAAAUUGCACAUCACGGUUGUGCUGUUUUCAAAUUGGGGGAGAAAUCCAUGGAGUUCUUCACAAUAGUUGCCUUCUUACUUUACGGAAUAUUGGUCUAGAUGUAGCCUCUCGUCUUGCUCUUGGUUUUCUAGAGAUUGAGAACUUUCUGUCAGGUGAUGUGAUCUUUUAGCUGUCAGGCACAAUCCCAGGAGACACAGCUUAACCGAGCCCCUCAACGGGACUGCCUUUAGGAUUGGUACUCCGAAUUGUGAUUUUAGUUCUUUUAUUGUUUAUAAAUGGAAUACUUACAUAUAGAAGAAAAUUAGUCGUGGUUCAUGUAAAUAACCUAAACUGAAUUUAUAAUGUAACUUCUGUCAUGAACUGUACUAAUUCUGCAGAAUAUACUGAAACAUGUAAAAACCAUGAUUCUUUUCAA